AUGGCCAAAACAGCCUUCCUUAAGUUACUGGUGGCCAUAGUGAUCACAUUCACUUUAGUUUUGCCAGCAUAUUUCCAGAUACCAAAAGGAAGAAUAUUGGAACUCUCCUGUCUGGAAGUAUGUUUGCAGCCUGAUUUCACCUCUUCACCCUCUUCCUUACAUUUUCCUUUUGUGACUUUUCUGCAAACAGCAGCAAAAACCCGGACGACUAUGGGAAUCCUUCCAACUCACUCCAAUUUCCAGAGCUUCACUGAGAUUUGCCAAGGUACCGCAAGUGAAUUGGAAACGUGCUCUGUGUGUUUGGCUUGCGAGUCCAAAGGAGACAUGGAUUUCAUUUCUCAGAAGCAAAUAUCAAAGGGUUUUCUCAUGAGAGGAUCAAUAGAAAUGAAAACAAGUGAAUUUGAUUCACCUUGUAAACAUUUGAACACUGUAAGUCCUGUAGUUGAGCCCUUGGAGGAAUACAACACUACCUGUACUUUAAAAAUCCACCUGCACUAAUCAAUAAUGCCAGACAAAGACCUAGCUGAGGAAAAGUCCGUGAGCUCUUCCUGUAGAAUUGUGGAAAACUCAAACAAUUGUACUCACGUUUCUUUGCACCUAGAAAUUGACGUAAAAGGACGACUUGCCAGCACCACACAGUGUUUAGAUAAGGAUGGCAAUAAGAAGUUCAGAGUUCAGAGGUACUUCUCAGUAAAGGAUAGUAAUACUGUGCGGGUUGUUUCCAAGGCUCUUGUGUUCCUUGUCAGCUGUGGGCCGCCACUACUGGAAGAAAAUGCUCGUUUAUCGUCUCAAUGUUUCAUUUCUUUUCUUGGAAUACGUCAUCAAUACAAACCUACACCUGUUCUCCUAAGAGGAGGUGAUUCUGAGAAGCCCAGAGCAUUGAAUGUGCGGGUUAUUCCAGGUGAGUCCUGUGGCGUACAAUCAGAGCACAGCACAAGGAACCCCUGGCGCCGUACCAUCUUGCCACAGAGCAAACUCGAGAUCUGA